AACGACAACAAAGAAAAAUAGGCGGCAGAUCUCCUCGUCAUCUCCGAAUCUAUUUUUCGGAAGUGAGACUGGAAAUGACUUACGGUUUAAAAAUGAUAACUCCAACCUCAAUAUCAGAUAAGUCUUUGAGGCUAGUUUGGCCCACUUUCUGUGGUGUCGAGAGACAUCAAAAAAACCACUUUAAAGGAUUGUGUGGGACUGAGAUACUCAUUGGGAAAUUCUCACUGUGUGUGGGAAUGGAUCCCCAGUAACUCAUUUAAAUACACGGGACGUGCAUUUUCACUCACGUACAUUCAAACGUGACGUUUAGGGCUCUGUGGGUCCCAAACUUCAAUCACGUGACCCUUAAAGACCAGGAAAGAGACCCAGGGGGGGUUUCUGCAACAUAGAAAAUAUUUAAUAGACUCCCUUUUAAGAAUAUUUAGAUGGAUAUGCUUAGUCAGCUAUGUGCACUAUAAAGCCUUUGAUGUGUGUUUUUAAUUGCAGGGAAUCAUUUGGUCCGCGAGUGUGGCACAGAUCCCAAGACUCUGUGUGAGCUCUGCAGGGAAGGCACCUACCUCAGCGACCCAGGUCUGGAGUCCUGUCGCAGGUGUACUCAGUGCACAGGUGUGCGAAUGGAGACGCAAGCCUGCACCAGAACCUCCGACACAGUGUGCGGCUGCAAGACGGGGUACCGCUGUGCGGACGCCAUGUGCUCCUCCUGCUCCCAGGAGUGUGGAGCGGGGCAGCAGCCCGUAGCCAACGGGACCUGCCAGGCAUGCCCGCCCGGGACCUUCAACCACAAGAUCCACAGCCAGUGUGUCCCGUGGAGCACCAGGUGCCCCCAGCCAGAGCAGAAGAUCGUGAAGCCGGGCACCGCGGUCAGCGACAUCGUCUGCGACUUCCUCCCACACGGCGGCAACGGCCGUACAGAGGGGAUGAUGGUGGCGAUCCUGGUCAUGGCUCCCGUCUUCCUCGCCAUAUUAGCGGUCUGCAUCCUCAUCAACAAGAAGAAGAGGAUGAUGAAGAAACAGCAGAAGCAGACGAUCACCAAGGAACCCGCGACAGACACGCCAGUAACAGUUUCGAUGGAGUUCAGGCGUCUGGUGGAGCAGGAGAGCACCUGCUGCUUCCCACAGCAGGAGCAGGGCAGCAGCCUGGAGUCUGUGGCCUCCCUCGAAUCUGAAGUCAAACUCCUCACAGUGUGAAGGGCACCAGAACCCACCCUCACACCCAGCCCCCCUAUCUGACUGUAGCGGGGUAGGGGGGUGGGGUGGGGUGGGGUGGGGUAGGGCGGGGGGGGGGGGGGGGGGGGAGGGGUCGGCGCGUCCUCGCGGUAACCGCAGUGUUCUGGAACAUUCGUCGCACGCACUCUGCUUCACUAAGCUGCUCACUUGCAGGGCCCCUGAGUGGGAGGAGCUACAGAAACGACGCUUUCACGGGAAAUCUUUCAGCCGCUGCCGGACAUCGGCCAUCGGGUUUAAUGGGAAGGGAACCGCGAGUUUCACUGUGACAUUCUAUUUUUAAUUUCUAUUUUAUGCUAGAAAAUUAUUUCAUGUUAA